UUUAAAGUACGGGUCAUUUCAUUUAAUAUUUUAAUCAAAUAAUUGUUUUAUUUGAAGCCCCUUUGUUAUAAUAACAUACAAUAAAUCUUUGUUCCAUUCAUUAAUAAUGAAAUCCAAAUUCUCAAAAAGGUUAUUUAAAACCUGAAGUGUAUUUUAUUUUUUAAAGCAAUGUUAAAAUUUAAAUCAGUGAAUUUUUGUAACAGUUUAAUCGCAUUGUUAGCACCUGGGACCGCUUUUGGAUAUAAAUAAUAUAGUCAUGACAACAAAAAGUGAUAAUUGUAAUCAUUUGUCAACAGAGAAUGAUAAUUCAUCUAAAGAUGACAGUAAUUCAAACAGUAAUGAAUCUGAUGAACCUCCAAUGAGCCUUGAGUCUCGGACCGGCGAUAGUAUGUUAGAAGAACAUCCAGGGGAAUCAGAAAAAUCAAAAAUGUACACAAAUAAUGUCCAUAGUGCAGAUAAAACGAAUUAUAGAAAUGAAGAAAAUCAUAAAAACACUGCUAAUUUUUUGAAAAACCAAGUAAACCUCCAUAAAUUACACUCGUUAGAUAAUCUGAGAAACAUAAAACCGGAAAUGUUGGAUCAAAUAACAUCUAAACACUUUCAAAACACUGGAGAUUCUCAUUUUAAAUUAGGCUCGGCGAAUAGGAGUCCAUCGAAGCUGGGAUUGAACGGUUCUGCGUCAAAAGACUUUACGGCUCUGUCAAGUGGAUACCCUAGCUUUGACAAGGAUAUCAGUUUAAGUAGAUCAACGAUAAAUUCACCGUAUUUUUACGAAGUAAAUUUGUCGAAGAGGAAGCCUAACCUGAGUUCAGCAUCCUUUUAUGAUUUAAAUCUGGCAUACCAAAUGGAAUCUGAGAAGAAAAAAGGCGAAACGCACUUUAACAGAAAUGUUAGUUUCAUAAACCUGAGAAUACUGUCUGAUAGCAACGAUGUCUGGAAGCAUAUAGUUAAGAGAGUGGAACCAUUUCUGGAUGUGUACUCAAUACUGAUGUUAAGGCAGACCUGUAAGACUUUGUACUACCAUAAGUAUAAACUGAGAUCACACUCGACGUUAUCAUUUAGAGGCUUCGGAGGAUUUGAUUCCAAGUCUAUAUUUAACACAAUUGUUCCAUUAAUACACCAUGUGCUGGAUUUGCCAGAAAACUGUAAACUGAGGUUUGACUUCACGGGGUGCAUACUACUGAAGGACAUCGCAACUGUCUACCUACUUAAAAGUAACAUGAUAAGCACAACGUUUGAGAUGAGGCAGUACGCUAAAAACAUAAAGGAGUUGAUAUUUGAUUUCUGUAACCAGAUAACUGACAAGAGUCUUGAAGUUCUACUAACAACAAAGCUGCCAAACCUGGAAAGACUCAGCUUAACGUGCUGUAGAAAUGAACAUUUUACAGGAAAUCCAUUCGUACGGCAUCUCUCAAGUACAAACUGGCCCAAAUUUAACAAAUUUAGAUGUUCAUUCUCGAAUAUAUUGUUAGAGCCCAUACAAUCGGUAGCAGAUUUUAUAAGACCUCGAACACCAAAUGAGGAAACAGAUCCUACAUUAAAUCUUGAGUUGACGCCAAACCAGCUUAAUUACAAAGGGUCAUACGUAGAUUUAGCAAGUCUGCUCCAACAAGAUAAGCUAAAUGAGCCAAAGUACGAAGAAAGUGAAAUUGAGUUUGAAAUAUACGGAUCUCUGGCAAGUAGAAAGCUGUUGGAUAAGUUAGGGUUUGGGAUAUACUUUACUGCAUUUACAAACGCACUCAAGACGAACAACUAUAACAUGUGCUCAAAACUAACCAAGAAGCUACAGCACCAACUGCUGUCCUUGAGUAACCAGCCAAACAUGAAGACUAACAACUGCCUAUAUUCAGUUAGGAACAGGGGAAGUGAACUUCUGGUCAACUGCCCAAUCACAGUCACAGAUCGCUCGAACAAUAAUUUAGGUAUUUGGACCUUGCCAAUAAUACUAGUGAUACAGCAACAGAAUAUGGAUUUGUUUUUGUUGCUGAUAAAGAGAGGAGCAAGGCUUAAUGUUUGGGACAGCAUGAACAAGUCGCCGUUACUAAUAGCGUGUGAGCUGUCGUUAAAUAACUUUGUUGAGAAAGUUCUUAAGUUCAGAUUACCACCAAUACCCUACGAUAACAUCAAUAACAUACCACUGAUAGUGGCAAUAACGAACUCAAAUGUAGAGGUGGUUAAAAUGCUCCUACAAGAAAACUUUGAAAUAAAUUACAAGUGUCCGAGUAUCAUGAACUACAAGUCGCCCUUGUAUGUGGCGUGUGAGCACUAUAACCGUGAAAUCAUAGAGCUGUUGUUGGAAUAUGGAGCAGAUCCGAACUGGAAGUAUAGGCACAGGUCAACACCGACGUUAUUAGGAUACCAGCAGGACUCGAAAAUACUAGAGACAUUCAUUGAAUAUGGAGCAGGGAAAUCAAGUGACAAGAGGUGGGUUCUGGUCCAGGUACUGGCAUGUGCUAUAGUCAAGAAUGAUAGUGAAACCAUUGAAAUGUUGGUGAGUAGAUUCCCAGACUUAGUUGAGAGAGAACAUGAAAUAUGGUCAAAGCCAUUAAUAGCAUUAUCUAAACUCAAUAAGAUCCAACUGGUUGAAAUGUUACUUAAAAGAGGUGCGAAUGUGAAUACAUUUGACUCGUUUGGAACAACAGCACUCCACGCAGCGUGUGAGGAGUCGAACCUUGACGUGAUAACGCUGUUGCUAGAGAAAUCAGCAAACCCCGAUGCACAAGAUGUGUUUGGAAGAACGCCACUCCACUUGGCAGUAAUGGAAAACAAGCCUCUAGUGGUAAAUCUUCUACUAGAUUAUGGAGCUAGUCUGAAUAUAAAGGAGUACUCUUAUGGAGAAACGCCAGUAAUGACCGCCAUCAGAACAAGAAACGAGAAUAUAGUGCUGACAUUUCUGAAAUCAGGAACCGCAGAUUACACAAUCGAGGAUUUAAACCACAAGAACCUUUUAUAUUACCUAAAUUACUAUAAAAUGGGUAAAUUAGACGUGUUUUUAUCACCUCAGGAACAAAAUGGCACAUAAUGUUUUAAUCAAACA